AACCCAGACGAGAGCAUCUAUUUUGAGGUAAUUAAGGACCCAGAGAGAAAUUGGGUGCUCCCGAGGGGUAAGAAAGUUGUGUUGCAGUACAAUGCUGCAACACAACCCGUGGGACGAGCAUGCAAUCGUUAUAGACGGGCUGCGGGCAAGAUGUUACGGAGCGGGUCCCACAUUCACUUGCGGGACAAAUGGGCAAAGGUAGAUAAACAGAUUAAGCAGGCGAUGUGGGAUGCCAUAAUGCAAGAAUUUUAUGUACCCGUAUCCGUCGACCAGCGCCUGGCACAGAAUGAAUUCUGGGGUGAUAUGGGCCGUAAGCACCGUUCGUGGAAGUCGAAGUUGAGGACCCAGCUAAAUAUUCGAGACGGUGACACGCCAUUGACAAUACGUGCGAGAAUGCCAGAUACGUUUUUUGAUAAGUAUGACCGAACGGAUGUGGAGGACGUACUGCACGAGUGGUGCACAAAAAUAAAUGUGGCGAGGUCUGAACGAAUGAAGCGGCUGCGGGAGCAGAAUGACAUUCCCCAUAGUCUGGGGUCCAAAAGUUAUGCCAGAUUUAAUCACGAUGAGGCAUCUAUAUCUGGCACGCCCCCCACUCGCGCCGAGUCGUUUGUGAAGACGCACACAAGGAAAGACGGCACCUACCUAAACGAGCGGACACGGGACCUAUGCGAGCGGAUGACACAGAGUUUGUCCACUGAUCCUGCUGCCUCGGACCCCGUCUCAUCAGAUACGGUGCGUUGGGCACCUGGCGACGCAUACGAGCAAGCGGUUGGGCGACCCGAGUAUGCGGGUAGGGUUCGGCAGGUUGGGCCGAACGUUACUCCUGUUCGCGGGACUUGUUUCUCGUAUAGGGCCCGCACACGGGGGGGACCGGCCGAGGGCACGUCUCAGGAUUGGGCUGCUCAGAAAAUUGCGGAGUUGGAGGGCAUAGUGCGGGCCAAGAGAGAGCGGGCUGACAGCAUGGAGCAGCGCAUACGACAGUUUAAUGCUAUGGAGCAGCGCAUGCGACAUUUUGAGGCCUUCAUGUCCUCUACAGGAUUAUCGUUCGUAUGCCCUGGUGCUCAGCAGUCUUCACCUGCACACGUAGGUAGUACGUCAUCUGUUUAUUUUUAA